GCCAGACCAUUAUUUUUUCCUUUGAAAAACAAUGAACGGUGAGAUCUAGAAAGAUCGUUGAAGAGAAAGACAAAAGCCUUCUCUAACAGUCAAAUCUCAUUUGACGGUUUUCAAGAGAAUCAUCGAUCGACCAUUUCAAUUCAAUUCAACGAAGUGCCACCCACGUUUCAUUUCAGUCCUCAAUCAUCACCACCGCUUCAUCGGAGACGAAGAUCACCAAUAUGAGCGGCGAUCAACCACACCCCCAACCCCCCACCACCACCACUACCGCCACUACCACCACCCCCACCAAACCCCAUGACUCUGAUUCUCACUCCACUGAGUACGCUCCUUACCCCAAACUCGACCCCAACGACGUCGUUCCACCACCACCAUCUCAACCCAUCAACACUCCUUCUCCACUCGAUGCACGCGGCGAUGCCGCCACCACCAUGCCGACAGAGUCCAAUCCCUAUGUUUCUCCCUCGCCGGUUCCCACCUCCAAUUCUUCUGCUAAGAAUACUUUGGAUUCGGUGAAGGAUGCUCUCGGAAGAUGGGGUAAGAAAGCCGCUGAAGCUACCAAGAAGGCCGAAGAUCUCGCCGGAAACAUGUGGCAGCACUUGAAAACGGGUCCUAGUUUUGCUGAUGCUGCUGUGGGGAGGAUUGCUCAGUCAACAAAAGUUCUUGCUGAAGGGGGCUAUGAGAAGAUAUUUAGGCAAACUUUUCAGACUGUUCCGGAGGAGCAGCUUGUUAGAACUUAUGCGUGCUACCUUUCAACCUCAGCUGGACCUGUGAUGGGGGUUUUAUAUUUGUCGACUGCGAAGCUGGCGUUUUGUAGUGAUAACCCGCUUUCUUACCAGACGGGUGAGGAGACUCAGUGGAGCUAUUAUAAGGUGGUCAUUCCAUUGCAUCAGCUGAGAGCGGUGAACCCUUCAAUAAGCAGAACCAACCCAUCAGAGAAGUAUAUACAGAUUAUCUCUGUUGACAACCAUGAGUUUUGGUUUAUGGGCUUUGUGCAUUAUGAUAGUGCUGUUAAACAUAUUCAAGAACUAUUGCAGCCUCAGUGACACACAUGGGGUCGAAAAGCACCAUGUAAUAUACCGAAGAUGAGGUUUGUGUUGAUAAACAUGAAACGUUUUAUAUUCCUUUGCCAGUUUAGACGCCUAGUUUGUGGAGCUGUAAGGAUAUUAUGAUUGGAAGUUGAAACCCGUUCAUUAUUUACUGUGUAUGUGCUCUACAUGUGUGACUUCAUAUUACUUUCUAAAUGUGAAUGGCAAUUGAUUUGUUGUUUUA